AUGACACUCAGUCAUUCAAUCAAAUCGAUGCCAGUCACCUAUGCUAUAGUUUCCGAAGAGGCGGAUGACAGAAAUAUCAGCUACAGUUCAUUCGAUCCUUGUUCGAAAACCGGAAGCGAGGUAUGGGACACCCUCGCUGACUCUAGGUCGCUAUCUGGAGAAACCGGCAGCGAUCAGCAAUUAGGAAUCGCUGUUUCUUCACAAUUUCAACUUCCUUCUGAGCAAACAAAGACAUGCACAUUUUGUCUUGUGUGGCACAUGCCGAUCGUACACUUUGAAGGCAAAGCACGACAUUAUAAAAGGUGGUACACGCGAUUCGUCGGUGUGGAAGAGGACGCUGUAGAAAAACUAGUUGAGGUUGCAAUAUCGAAAGGUGAACAAUGGCGGACGGAGAUCUCUAAUUGGCAACACGGAACUAUCGAAGACGAUUCGCUACCAGAAUGGUAUCGAUCUGCACUUUUCAAUGAGUCCUAUUAUAUUGUCAAUGGUGCUACAAUGUGGUUUGAAUACGAUUCUUCCUGGAGAGAGCUAGAAACGGAGCUCAAUCCACUUACGGAAGCACAGAUGCAAAAAUUUGGACGAUUCGGAUACUUGGAAUCAUGGGAAUAUAGAAUGGUCAACACAUACGACGUCCAUUUUUAUGCUAGUUGGGCAUUUCUCAAGAACUGGCCCAUGCUCGAGUUGUCAUUGCAGCUGGACUACUGUGAUCAGCUGAAUCGCAGGGACACCAGAAAGAUGAGCAAUUUGAGUGAAGGUAGUAAGAUGGAGGUGAAGACGAUGUAUCGCAUACCUCACGACCUAGGACAGCCAUGUAAGUCCCUUGAGACAGCAUAA